CUUUCAUCUCAAACCGCUUCUUUGGGUUGUAUCGUUGGACAGUAUCAUGUCAUGGUUGUCCUACCGUAUGGCACGGGAAAGCUGCCUCGAUCUAAUACUACUAGCUAGUAUCACGAAAGGAGAUUAGGUGCCACUGCUGCUCCACUUGAACCUUGCCUUGGUGGGCUUCUUCAGUGAUGGCGGAACGCGAAGAAAAUGACAAGGCCUUUCAGGAGGACAAAGAUACCCCUCCGUUGAUUCGAGAUCCACAACGCGUCCCGAAAUUGUUUCCAAGUGCCACCAAACGGCUGUUUCCUUCUGAUUCUUCCUCAACAGAAGCAUUCAGACAGAGACACUCGACACAGAAUCUUGUUGCUUGUGAGACAGCACGCCAAGGGACAAAUAAUGUGGGGAAAGAUAUCUCCAUGGUGGAUUCUUUGGGAGACCCCAAGAGAUCUGUCGAUCAGGCAUCAUGGGCUCUGGAGAACAAGCAGCUGGGCGAGGAGGAUGAGGACUUUGUCUGUGAAGAGAGUGCCGGUACGGAGGAAUUGGUGCAUCAGAAAGCCAUAAGCCAGAGGCGAUCAAUGCAUGACUCAGAAAGGCCCAACAAAAGGCACAAGUUUAUGAAAUGUUCCCAGGUAUCCGGGCAACUUCAUCACGAAACAGAAGGUUACCCACUGCAAGAACCCUCGCAACAACCCAAUAUUAAACGUCGAUUCAGUGAAGCGCUGGAUGAUGGAGAACUCCUUGUUUCAGCGUUUGACGACCAAUACGCCACGAAGAUUGGAGGGCUGACAAGGAAGAAACAACCACUCCUUCCGUCGCAUGACGCUACUACCGGUAUCCCCCGACAGGUCCAAGUCGUAGCGGCCAGACCCCGAGGAAAGAACAUUUCGGCAGUGGCCAGGGCCAUGGCCCGUUCCUCCCCUGUUCUGGCUUUGUAUCCAACCCAUCAGGAUACCAAAAUGGCUCCUCGAAGCGAAGUGCGCGGAAAGGACUUCUCCGCUAUGGCGACAUCAUUACGACCCAAGUCUCCGCCUCGCGAUAUUGAAAUUGACGCCAAUGCCAUGUCAACGCCAACGUCGCCAACACGACCACUGCUGCCAAUAGUUGUAUCGGCGGAUUCUGCGAAACGUAAUGUCAUGAGACAAGGCAUCUGGAGCGAUGACGACGACGACGACGAUGACUUUGAACCAUUAUCCAUCCACUUCGAGCCAUUCACCCCCCUCCCCACCUUGUUUCCCUACCAAGAGUACCUGGGGUUUAGUGACUAUGGUGGGAACAGUCGCAGUGUUGCCAGUGCUUCUACCUUUGCCACCAUGUCCUCCUUUCCAACAAUUGAAAAGGACAUUCCGGUGUUUGAUCACUUGGCCGAUGAUCUCAAACUGGCAGCCAACCAAGCAUCCACGGAUCACUACCACCACAAAAAUUCUAGCAGGCAGAGUGCCUCCGACAUGUCCGUGGCGGCACGUAGCAAGAAUGAUACAUCGACGAUCCAUUCGGGGGAGAUGUCGUGUAGCCUCCAAUCCAAGGAACGUAGCCUGGCAUCCAUGAAAGUUGACCUUCCUCUUCCGCCAGAGUCCAACGCAAGGUUGCCCCUUGAUCAAAGAUGAAAGCCACUACCCCAAAAUUAGUUGGAUGAAUAUUAUGACCCGACCAGCACGAAUAGUUUCUCAGGUGGCGGUCGGUUUGCCAAGUCCAUCUCCCAGCAAAAAAUCAGAGAUGCCUAAUCCACAACCAGGGAUACCCUACCGGUACUCCUGUACCGGCGCAACAAACAGGGCCCAGCAUACUGAUCUACUAGUAGAGAGCUGGCUAGCAAGGGCCUCUUGGCAGCCAUCCGCAGCUCAAAGCCAAAAGAAGGGUCCAGGACCAGACUACAGCUGUACUCCGGUCUCCGGUGCUGAAACAUGAAAAGAGCCAACAAAGCUUUAACAAACGGUACUCUGGCCUCUAAACCCCGUAGUCUAAGAAAGCUUUAACAAUUAUAAAUCCGAAACUGAGCCCGACAGUCC